UACUUGCCAUUUUCUUAAUGUUUCAGAUAUGCUGCUGAGCAUGGAAUUAUUGUUGUGGGACCCGACACAUCUCCUAGGGGAGUGAAGGUGCCUGGUGAUGAUGAAUCAUGGGAUUUCGGUGUUAGUGCUGGCUUCUACCUUGAUGCCACCAAGGAGCCAUGGUCAAACAACUACAAGAUGGCCAGUUACUUGAACACUGAAUUAUAUGACCUCGUACAAAUAGCUUUCAGCAAUGUUGUGGACCCAGACAGAAUUGGGAUCAUGGGACAUAGUAUGGGAGGUCAUGGUGCCCUUGUAUCUACCCUAAGAAACCCAGGCCUUUACAAAUCAGUCAGUGCAUUUGCACCAAUUUGUAAUCCUACUAAAUGUCCCUGGGGAGAGAAGGCUUUCUCUGGAUAUCUUGGUGAAGACAAGAGUAAAUGGGUUGAGUGGGAUGCUACAGAAUUGGUUAAGAAGUACAACGGUCCUCCACUAACUCUGCUCAUAGACCAGGGAGCUGGGGACAAAUUUUACAUUGAGAAACAACUGCUUCCUGAAAAUUUGGUGGAGGCUUGCCGUUCUGUUAAUGUGCCAGUCAUACUCAAAUUGCGAGAGGAUUACGAUCAUUCCUACUACUACAUCUCUUCAUUCAUCGGAGAACACUUUGAUUUCCAUGCAAAGAUACUCAAAAGUUAAAAAAACCGCCGCGCACUUGUGAAAAAAGUUGACUUGGUCAACUAAUCUACAAAUCAUGCAUUUUAAAGUGUAUUUACGUAUAUUUUUGUUGUAAAUAAUAUUUGUCACAUUAAGAGAUAAUAAUAUUACUAUGUUUAUAAAUA